AGCACCGAAGAAACAUGACAACAAAAAACAGGAAGCAUCAAAUUUCAGAUAUGUCAGUUAAACCGCUGAGAUGCACAGCUGAGUCAACCAUAUAAGGGUCUUAUCAUUGUUUUUAGGAUGUACUUUUAGCGUUAGUUUCAAGCUAGCUAGCUAGCUGGAUAGUUAAAUUGCGACGAGAAUUAUGAGGAAUACAAUUAAACUCAAAGUUACCGGGCAGCAUCAGGCGCAUGGAACCUUGGCUGCAAAUCUAAAACGGGAACUGCUGCAAGUCCUAAACCAUCACUAGAACACUUAUCUCGAUGGGGACUUGCACAUUAACCUAAGGACAAUGUCUAAUUUCUCUUUUAUUAGGAUUGUGGAGAUUAUCAUUAGUCUGCACUGGAUGGCGUUUUGGUGAACAGGUUAAUAUUCCCUAAAAUCAGUUAGCUGUUAAGGUUUCUGCGUCCUGAAUGAGUGAGGAGAAAUGGAUGAUGUGAUCACCCUCAGCUCCGACAGUGAUGAAGACGACUCCGACGUGGAAAUAGUCGGCUCCUACAGUAACCUCAUGACCAAAGGUGAACCGCUCCCCCUCACUGCCGUGCGAGUUGACGUUGACGCUGCGAACGAGAACGUCCCAGCGCAUUACAUCGACCUCACAGAUCCAAGAUGGACUCUUCCAGAGCUGAAGAUUCGUAAAAGACUGCAUCCCACAUCCUUAGCAGUGGUAGAUUUGACUGAGAGCGACGUACCAAAUGGGACACAAAAGGAGACAAAGAAUUUGUUACUAAAUGACUAUCAAAUAAAAAAAGAUAAUGCAGAUAAAAAUAAAACUUCAGACGAACAAGAUUUUAACUUACAGAAAAGGUCUUUAGGAAACCCACUUCUUUUUGCACUACAGUGGGACUGUGGUGACCUAAAGCCAAAGCAGAGCCGUACAGACUCUCAAACACAACACGAAAUGCAGAUCGAUGAAACACAUCAUCAAGCACCAACUGUGACAUUAAAACAGUUACCUUUUCUUGAAACUCACGUCACAGAAGUGGAAACAUCAAAGUGUUCUGUCUACUUAACAAAAGACUAUACAACAAUAUCAGUGCAACCCAGGCAACUCGACAGUCUCGCAGAAGAAUUGGAUUGCAUUAGUAAUUUGAGGACAGCUACCGCAUCAAGUGAUACUCCCAUGGAGCGUUCACGGAAUGACUCUCCUCCUGAGGUGAUUGGAUCUCUUGUCGGACAGGACAACAAGAGACAACAAGAGAACAGUAAUGAAUUCACAAGCACGCAGCUAAAUGCUUACUCUGUCGGCUCAGAUAAAGGAAGCUCAGUCGCAGCCUCGAGGGAGCACAUCACUUGUGAAGACGGGAGUGAUACCUUUUGCUCAGCUGUGCCCGUCCCUGUUCCGACAUCCCCUUCUUCAUCUCAAAAUAAAGCUGAGGGUUCCUUCCAUAGAGCAACCUCUGAAGUUCUCUGCUCCAACCUGGAACAACUGGAAUUAGAGCAAGUAGACUUUCAACAAAACAAUCUCUCUGAUCACCCAUCCCCCUUCUCUUCCACUAUUGGACUGGAGCCAUCUGAGCCCCUGUCUCCCACAAGUGUCAUAUCUCAUAAGCUUAUGAGACAAGUUGACCCAAUACCCACAGCUGAACCUGAGCAAGUUGAGAAUACAUCUCAGUGCCAGUUGGGGGAGGUUAACGCUGAUAAAUCCUCAAAUAGCCCGGACCUCUUGCAUUGCAGUAUCCCGAGUGAAUCUCCUUGGUCAAUUUGUAAAAGUGAGGACAUGAAUGACGGAUCUGGCAGUGGGAUAUAUCAAGGGGAUCUGGAAGGUGACAGUCCAGUGUCUUUUCUUUGGCAAGGGGGGAGUGAUGGAGAACAAAUGAACGAAGAGAGCAGAUUUGAUAUGGACUUCAGGGCAGCCAGUAGAGAGGACAGGCUUUAUGUAUGCCCAGUGGCACUUAGGAAAAUGUCUGGAGCAACUCAAGGCCCGAUCUAUGAGGAAGAUGAAAGCUUUGGACCUCCAGAGGUGCUAUGCCGUCAGAGCCUGAGCCUGGUUUACAGUACCAUCGAUGAGAACUACACAGAAGGCACCUUGCAGCUCUUGUCUGACUUACUACAGCCUGGUUACUAUCCCCCCAGAGAUAUCACCUCCCACCUGCUACAUGGCAUUCUGCUUGAUCCACAGUGUCCUUAUCACCUGUGUGUGCAGGCCUUUAAUCUGCUGAUCAGGACACAGAGACACCACAUGGCUGAUAAAACCACUGUACCAUGGGACUGGGAGUUGUUGACCUCAAUCAUGACCAAUCAGGACCAUACAAAGAGAUAUCGAUGCGAGGUUGUCCGCAUGUUCCUGGAGUACGUCGUGCAGACUUUGGAGGAUGACUUCCAGGCCAAACGCUCUACUUCUACCCAUCACCACUCCAUUGCCAAGGCAACAUUAUCAUGUGAUCAGAGGUUCCCUUGUGUCAGAGAUGUCAUCAAGUGGCUCUUUUUUGCCAUUGUGAAAUCAACAGAAAAUGGAGAGAAUCAAGAAGAAGCCAGAGAGAGAGAUGAACAAAUAAGAAUGGUAUCCAUCUUCCAGAGGAUGCUGUCCUUGGCUGUCGAGGUGGACCGUUCUCCAGCUCUAAGCUCUGCCAAGCUGUCCCAGGAGCUCUUCCAUAUGCUCAUUGGCAAUACACCUCUACGAGCACACAGGAUGUUGUUGCUGGAGAGCAUGCAGAGCAAGCUGCUGAGAUGUAAGCUGUUGGAACAUCUGCUGGAGUAUGCCUGCCCAAUGAAAACCUCUCUGCCCAUGUCGCUCAGUCUUCUGCUUCACUUUAUGAAGAACUGCACUCUGGCACCAGACCCAAUGGAUGGCUCUGAAAAGUGGCAGAGGUGGGAAGAGUUGGUCCAUCUUCUGUGGAUGUUGCUGCUCAGCUACAACAAAGCGAUGAAAGGCUUGCUGUGCAGCUCGCUCAGUGAACAAAGAGGCAGAGUUGGCACCUUGGUCUACAAGCAAGAAGAUAUGGUAUCCAAGCCUGCUGUCUGUGAAGCUGUGGAGGCCUUCCUGUCCAGAUCUCAAGCUGACCUUGGCCAAGCCUUACCUCUCCAUGUGGAAGAGUCCCUCACUUAUCUACAGGAUCACCUGCUGGAUGUCUGCCAGUGUUGAC